UACAUCAAAGAAAUACAAAUCCAUUCAGAUUUCAGUUUAUAAAAUUAAAUUUUACUAAAACUGUAUAGUUUCUUAAUAACUACAGGGUUUCAAAAUUUGGCUGCUAAUAAUAUCACAAAAUGUUUAAAAGUUUUCUAUUGCCUGCCGCCAGAAUUAAUUUUCAGGUAAUAUGUGUUAGAAACAAACAAAUUAAAGUUCCAAAAAUAGACAAAAAGUUGCAAUCAGCGGCAGAAUCACUUGCUUCGAGAGGUUUCCUUCGUCCCAACAAACCUUGGGACCCACCAGCAGACAUUGAGAAACAGAUUGAUGAGAUCUGUUCUAAAAAUGGCCUUAGAAGUGAUUCUGAAUUUGAGUCUUUAGAAAAGAAGUUUGUAGUACUUAAGUUAUGCUUUGAGGAAACUGGACAUAGUGUCCCGAAUUCCUUGCUCCAUACUAUUGAGACAGUUGGAGACCUGAAGGAAUUUUAUGCAACUCCAGUUGACAGUCUUACUCCUUUCGAUAGCUUAAAGAAGAUGGAAGAUCUACCCAAAAAUCUCCAUGUUCAAGGAGAUUAUCUUCGCUUUCAUCCAGAUAAAGAUACACUCUUCAAGGGGAAGUCUGCAUUCCCUCAAAGUUCUACAAUAGUGACGGGACUUAAAGCGAGGACAAAAUAUGAAGGCUACAGUGCAAAACGAAAAUGGCCCUAAUCAAUAAACACUUAUAUAAUAUCUGUAGAUGUAAAUAUUAACAUAAAGCAAUGAAUUAUGAA